AUGGCGCAAGGCCCCGGUCGGUCUGCCCGUUGUAUUUACUGCUGUACAAGGCAAGUCUUCUUCGUCCCUCGUCCCUUGUCCCUCGUCGACGUCUCCGCGUGGGAAGCGGGCCAGGCUGCGCAAUCAAUCGACUUCAUCAACCCACUCAUCGCGGCUGGUUGUGGCCCAUCACCACCACCAGCCAAUCAGCGCCGACGAGCUGACGAGUCCUUCGCUCAGCCCCCGUCCACGCUUGUCCUGGUCCUCCAAUCACUUGCCCCGGUCGCCUCAAUUGCAAGCAAGGCCCGUAUGUGGGGCCGGGCGCCUUCGGCAUCUCCUUCCGGACCCUUUCCUUUUGCAACACCAGAUGAACAUGCUGCCGAGAACGGGAACCCUUCUAUCCACCUUCUGUCGGCUUGCGGCUGGCUUACCGUUGGACGCGCCGUAAUCUGCUCCCCUGGCGAGCUGUCGACUGAAUCGUACGUAAGGCGUGCUGCACAAGUUAAGGCUUGCUGCGUAAGGCUUGGUGGAACCAACUUGGGUCUAAAACGUGCCUCUUCAAUAUUCCGCUCGUUCGCAUCGUUGAGAAAUGAUCCAAAUGAACCGUAG